AUGGAUGUUAAGGAGACCAACGAGGCCAACGAGGCCAAUGUACCCAAUGUGGCUAACAAGGCUAGCGAGGCUAAAGAUCUUCGGACCGUUCGUGAGCAGGAGAUUCAGGAUUCUUCUGACUCUGAUGUCGACUCCCAGCUUGAUAUGUUGCGAGCUGCUGGCAUAGGCAUCGCAGAAGAUGAUCCCACGGAGCCUGUGCUUACCUUGCGUAUGUGGGUGCUAGGCAUCGCAUUUUGCGUUGUGAUCAGUGGGCUGAACACGCUCUAUACUCUGCGUACUCCUUCAUUGACCAUCUCGGGCUCGGUGGUCCUCUUAUUGGCAUACCCCCUGGGUAAACUGUGGGAAAAGUUCAUUCCCAAUUGGACUGUUCCGCUGGGAGCAUGGUCAUUCGAACUCAAUCCGGGACCUUUCAACACAAAGGAACAUACUUUGAUUUACAUCAUGUCCAACCUCAGUAUAUACGUUCGUCUCGGUGCCGAUGUUUUGACGGAACAGCAAAUGUUCUACGGUUACAAAGCAGGAUGGGGUUUUCAGAUCUUGAUCACCUUGGCAACAUUCCUCAUCGGGUUCUGUCUUGCUGGGGUAUUCCGGGCAAUCAUUGUCGUGCCACAAGAGCUGAUAUGGCCGGGAGUGCUAAGUGUAACUGCGCUGACCACAACUCUGCACCAUGUCAAGCAAGAUCAGGUACAAGCACGCUACGACACAUGGAAAAUAUCGCGCUAUGCAUUUUUCACCAUGGCCUGCUGCGUCUCGUUCUGUUGGUAUUGGUUUCCAGACUUCAUUUUCCCAGCACUGAGCUACUUCAGCUUCCCUUGUUGGAUUAAACCAGAGAAUAAAGUUGUCAAUCAGAUUUUUGGAAUGAGCUCUGGAAUGGGGUUGCUGCCUAUCACCUUUGAUUGGAGUCAAAUAUCCUACGUCGGCUCUCCAUUGCUCAUUCCUUCAUGGGCAAUCCUCAACGUCUUUGUUUCUCUGGUCUUCUGGAUCUGGAUCGUAGCCGUGGCUUGUUACUAUACCAAUGUCUGGAAGACCGGAUAUCUCCCCUUCCAAAGCUCCAAAGUUUAUGACAACACGGGAGGUGUCUACAAGGUCAAAAAGAUUGUCAAUGCGGCGUCAGGCUAUCAGCUCGAUGUCAAGAAAUAUCUCUCAUAUUCUCCGGUCUAUAUGCCCAUUACCUACGCACUUAACAUGUACGGGCUAUCUUUUGCCACCCUCAGCGCCCUACUUGUCUGGGUAAUUCUUGAAAAGCGUCAUAUCAUGGCCGAUGCCGCCAGAAGGGUUCCACAUCUCGUUAUUGAGUCUCUUCCUGGGCGCUCCAGAGAGUACAGUGAAGAUGAGCGAGGAGAUCCUGAUGUUCCUUUAUGGUGGUAUUUGAUCGGAUGCAUCCUAGCCUUGUUCAUGGCAAUCUUUGCCGUCGAGUGGUGGAACGUUGAACUGAGGUGGUAUGGUGUCUUGUUAGCGUGUCUCGUGGCGCUGGUUUUCUAUCCUCCGUUGGCCCUGGUGUAUGCGACUUCAAACUUGAAGAUCAAUAUUGACAUCUUCUGCCGCAUUGUGGCCGGUUUCGUUUUUGAGGGCAAGGUUCUUGCCAACAUUUGGUUCUUUGAUAUUGGUUACAUUACGACCAUCAAGGGACUUUACUUUGCGCAAGACAUGAAGUUGGCAUACUACUGCCAUAUUCCACAGCGCAAGCUGUUCUUAGUUCAAUGCGUCGGCAUGAUCGUGGGCACGCUUUCUUCCCUCGGUGUUCUGAACUGGGCACUGGACAACAUAAAGGGCGUCUGCACCAGUGCCGCUGUCAAUGGUUUCAGCUGCCCUUACUCUAGUACACACUUCAAUACUUCCUUGAUCUGGGGCGCUGUCGGUCCUCGUCGUUAUUUUUCGAACCAGAUCGGCUACUCUGCUUUGCUAUAUUUCUUCAUCAUCGGCGCUAUUCUACCGAUUCCGGUUCAUUUUCUAAGUCGCCGCUACCCAAAUUCGUUAUGGAAAAGGGUUCAUAUCCCGUUGUUCCUAGGCGGAUUGAACUACCUGCCACCUGCGACCGGGAUGAACUACGGGAGUUGGGCUGUUGUUGGCCUCACAUUUGGCUGGCUAAUCCGCAGUAGACUCCAUGGCUGGUGGAGCAAAUACAACUUUGUGCUGAGCUCUGCCAUGGAUUCGUCCGUGGGAAUUGCGGGCGUGGUGAUCUUCUUGACCAUCUUCUUCACUGGCGCCAGUAAUCAUUUCAACUGGUGGGGAACAGAGGUUUACAAGAACACUUGCGAUUGGAAGGGCUGUGCUCAUCUUGAUAUUCCGAAGAGUGGGAAGUUCACAGAAUAA